UUGAUUCUUUAAAACAAUGUCCGACCAAUUCCCCACUACAUAAGUAUGAUAAUAACAUGACUUUGUUACUGACUAGCAAGGCACGUCAUCUCACGUCACAAAGUGCAGUAACGUUAAUUACGUCACUGCUAAAGCUGUUUUUCUUUUGCUUUUACAGUAUAUUGUGGAGAAUUAAUAGUUUUACUCUGCUACUUUGUUUCUUUUUUUUUCUGUUUUCGUAAAAGAGAAAUGAAAGGUAACAUGUGAGGGGUAAAAAGCCUCUAAAUGUAAUGGGGACAGAUUCAAAGGUUUGACAUUAAACAAGUAUUGUCCUCAGCUAGUGUUAUGUGUCAACCUGCCCACAGGUGCCACUAGUGUAACAAAUAAAGGACCUGACUGAAAGGAAAAUGAAAUGCCGUAAACAAACCGCAGACACUGCACACAAUAGUUAUAGAUGGCAAACAACGAUAAUAAUAUAUUAAAGGGUUCAAAUACCCUAAAAUCUCUGAUAUGCAGUGAUAACAAAGGGUCGUAAAAUAGAAGUGAAGUGAGGCAGUGGAAGUGAGUAAAAGAUGGCUGGACAUGAAUACCUCUCUUCAUGCCUGGCUGGAAAGCGAAGUUCCUCUGGACUUUUUGCUCUACUGGACGAUGAUGGGGAAGUUUGUCCCUGAUAUGUCAGCAUGUCAUUCAUAUAAAAGUCGGCCACAGUAGCAGGACCGAAGAGAUCAAUGCCAAGAUGAAGUUGUUUGUUUUCAGUAUCGUCUGUGCAUUUCUGCAAAUCAGCCAUCAAAAUCCAACAAGCACCUGGACUAUGAUGCCCCACAUUUUGGUCGUGGAGGUGGAUGGCACUUUGGGCCAGCUCCCCCUGAGCUGUCUGGAGCAGCCAGAGGAGUUUAUGGGGAGCGAUGACAAGAUUGAGGAUAUUGUUUGGAAGACGAACGGAGUAGAGGAAGAACAGAGAGGAAACUUGUAUCUGCUGGAGCUGGAGGAAAGCUUAGGAGGGGGAAACUACACCUGCCACACCAAGGACGGAUCACUCCUCAAUCACACCGAGGUCCUGAUCCAAGCGGACGAAACUAACAGGAGAAUUCUUGUGAAAACCAACCAAGAUUAUUUAGAGUGCUCCGCUCAAAAUUACAACGGAGAGUUCAGCUGCUCUUGGACCUGGCACAGCAGGCGCGUUGGCAAAGUAGCAUUCAUCAAAGCUCGACGUGUUUCUGACGACAAUGACGCCGAGUGUUCUAUGGAUGAAAGCGGUCAGCGUUGGACGUGCUCUUCAGGUCAGAGUAACUUCAGCUGUUCAGUGGACGACAGUGGACACAGGAUCUCGUGCCAGGACGAGCAGCACUGCCCCUACGCCGAGGAGAGCCAGCAGAUCCAUGUCACAGUCUACGUGAGGACAAAGUACUUCCUGGUGGAGAACUACUCUAGAUACUUUUACCUGUCAAAGAUAGUGAAACCUGACAAGGUGAGGAUCAAUAAAGUCAACACUACGAUGAUAGAGUGGAGUUACCCGAGCUCCUGGAGCAGCCCCUACUCCUACUUCCCUCUCACUUUCGAGAUUCUACAGCUCAAAGGGCGAUGCAAAAGAUGUGGCAACCCGUGCACCGACUCAAAAGCCACUAAGACCCUGAAAGUCCACUCUACAGACAUUUGUCAGUUUGAAGUCCAGCACAGGGCUAAAGCCGUCUGUGUUCGGGCUAAGGAUGCUCUCUGUAAGUCACAGUGGAGCGAGUGGAGCCACAUCAGAUUGAGGACACCCAAGAAGAACAAAAAGCAAAACAAAGACUAAGAGGAAAGAGAAUCCCCAAAUCUCUUAAAAUGCUAUUUUUAUGCUUUUAUAUAUUUAUAUCUAUAUUUAUCUUAUCUUAUAUCAUGUAGUUUGUAAUAUGCAACUAUUCUUAAUGAUGAGUGAAGAAAUAAAAUGAUAUUUAACGCAA